CUCGAACCACUCCAUCGCGGCGCAGUGAGUUGACGAGGCGGAGCCUGGCCUGGGGUGCAGAUCAACGAGCGAGACUACAUAAAGACCCCACUAGCUCGGUGGAGCUCUUCGACAACUAGCUUCUUUUAAGACAUCUCCUGCAUCGUCUACAAGGAAAGCACUCCUUCGCCGAGUGUUGCCUGGAACUAGUACUUAGUGAUUGCCCAGUCACCUACUUUGUACAUUUACGACCAAGUUCUGAUCAUAUCUAAACAUCACUUUCUCAACCUCACUCUAGGACUGUCGGACAUCAUCUCAUCAUGUCUACCUCUGAGGCCUUCACUUUCCUUGAGAAAGACGACAAACAGCCCCAGCUCUUUGAUGACUUCCAGAGGUUCAACUCAGGCAAGGCGACUGAUAUCGAUGUUCAAGUCACUGCAGCCCUCCGAGCUAAGUACCCCGAGCUCUGUGUGACGAGCGUGCCUUCAUCAAACUGCAACCUUCUUCAAUUUGUUGCUGCCGGUUAUGCCACUGCCCACCUUGACAAAGAGAAUGAGCCUGUCUUACGGUGGCGCGGAUUCGUAGGACCAUCUCAUCGAGGUGGCUCUGGACAUCUUGCGGACGCGAUUUUCUUCGCAAAGUACAACUAUGAGUGGAACAGUAAUAACUUCAUUCUCUACAAUGUGACUAUCGGGUAUGGACAGGUGCAGUACGUUCUCACGGGACCAGUUGGCGACGAAACCACGUACAGCAACUCCGCCGUCACCGACGCUCUCCUCAGUUCCAUCGGAGCCUGGCUCACUAAGGAGGAGCCAGCCAUCUAUGUGUACGAUGGCUAUUGGAGGAGAGAUGCUAAGCUCUGGGAGUCGGUUGAGAAAAGCAGCUGGGAUGACGUUAUUCUGGACCCGAAGAUGAAGAAAGCCUUAAAAGAGGUCACCGGAAAGUUUUUUGACAGCAAGGACAUCUACGAUGAAUUCGGAGUGCCAUGGAAACGCGGAUUGAUUUUCCACGGCCCAGUCGGAAAUGGCAAAACAAUCUCUCUCAAGGCUUUGAUGCGAACUUUGUAUCAUCGAGACUCUCCAGUCGUGUCGCUUUACGUCAAGAAUGCCCCUUAUAGUUAUAACAUUCGGGAUGUCUUCCAGAUGGCAAGGUCCAUGACACCGUGCCUGCUGGUCUUUGAGGAUAUCGAUACUGUUGUCACACAAGCUACUAGGUCGUAUUUCUUCAACGAAGUCGACGGACUGGCAAACAAUGAUGGCAUCUUGAUGAUCGCUACGACCAACCAUUUGGACCAACUCGACCCGGGUCUGUCCAAGAGACCCAGCAGGUUCGACAGGCUGUAUCUAUUCCCCCGCCCUAACAAGGACGAAAGGGUCUUGUAUGCCGAGUAUUGGCGCCAGAAGCUAAAGAACAAGCCUGCCAUUGAGUUCCCUAAGAAACUCACUACGUCCAUGGCCGAGAUCACGGACGACUUCAGCUUUGCGUACCUCAAGGAGGCGUUCGUGGCUACGCUCCUUGACCUGGCUCACAACUGCACUAUGGGAGAUGAAAGCGACAAUGAUGGAGAUGAUGAUGGGGACGAUCCAUUGGACAAGUACGAGCUCUGGAAGGAGUUCAAAGCGCAGGUGAAGGUUCUCAGGGACGAAAUGGGGAGUACGCUGUCUGCUGCCGACGGCUCCAGCUUUCCGUUCGGAAAUGCCGCAGACUAUGAGGAAAUGAUUCCGUUGUUGGCGGACACGAGCCUCCGGGGCAAUGGAGGAGGCUCUCAGCCUUGUGGACAGCCCUCAGUAGCGGCGCCAGGAUUCGGCUUCUUGGAUACGAGGGGCGCGGCGGUUGACAAAUCCGCGUCCGCCCUCAGCCCUCUGUCGUCGUUCAGCCCGCUGGCGAACAAGAGGGCCAAAUACAACGACGGCGUGUGGGAGUGGGGGCCCCGUUGAGGCGGUCGCGCGUUAUUUACACAUUCGAAUGCAUCACGGCCGGUCAACGGCUCUGCGGAGACACUCCCGGGCGUCUGGGGGGACGGCGUACUACCGCUCCCUUGGGCUCACCGGAUCGGGCAGAUGACACGGCGACGUGGUACUUGGGCCGGGGAUAGCCUCUCGAGUCGUUGCCCGCAUUGCGCUGUUAUGUAUCUUUCUUGUCAAUCCAGCUCAACGUGAUAAGCCCGGGGAGUGCUAUUUGAUGAUCGGUCGCUUCCGACGCCCUGUGAUCUCACAGCGCUCCUGUUGCCUCCAGCGU